AUGCAGAGGUUCUCCAGGCUCGGCCGCAUUGGCCAGAGCCUUGCUUCGCGCAGGCAAUUGGCCACCGUCAGCGAUGCUCCGCUGUCCCGCAAGGUCGAAAUGACCAACUGGGAGAAGGGCCACUACAUCAACUACAAGAAGAUGAGCGAGAACCUCGACAUUGUCCGCGCGCGCUUGAACCAGCCCCUCACCCUGGCCGAGAAGAUUCUCUACUCGCAUCUGGACGACCCCCAUGAGCAGGAGAUUGUGCGCGGCCAGAGCUAUCUCAAGCUCCGCCCCGACCGUGUAGCUUGCCAGGACGCCACCGCCCAGAUGGCCAUUCUCCAGUUCAUGUCAGCCGGUCUGCCCGCCGUCGCUACCCCCUCGACCGUCCACUGUGACCAUCUUAUCGAGGCCCAGAUUGGCGGUGCAAAGGAUCUGGCCCGUGCCAACGACAUCAAUAAGGAAGUCUACGACUUCCUCGCCACCUCUUGCGCAAAGUACAACAUUGGCUUCUGGAAACCCGGCUCUGGCAUCAUCCACCAGAUUGUCCUUGAGAACUACGCCUUCCCCGGUGCCCUCCUCAUCGGCACCGACUCGCAUACUCCCAAUGCGGGUGGUCUUGGCAUGGCGGCCAUUGGUGUGGGUGGUGCCGACGCCGUCGACGUCAUGGCCGGUCUUCCUUGGGAACUGAAGGCUCCCAAGGUUAUUGGUGUCCGACUCACUGGCAAGCUGUCUGGCUGGGCUACGCCCAAGGACAUCAUCCUCAAGGUCGCAGGUAUCCUUACCGUCAAGGGUGGAACCGGUGCUAUCGUCGAAUACCACGGUCCUGGUACCGAGAGCCUGUCAUGCACGGGCAUGGCCACAAUUUGCAACAUGGGUGCCGAGAUUGGUGCCACUACCUCUGUCUUCCCCUUCAACGACCGCAUGUACGACUACCUCGCCGCCACCAAGCGUCAACAUAUCGGUGACUUCUCUCGCGAAUACGCCAAGGAGCUCCGCGAGGACGAGGGUGCUGAAUACGAUCAGCUCAUUGAGAUCAACCUUUCUGAGCUUGAGCCCCACAUCAACGGUCCCUUCACCCCCGAUCUAGCCACCCCCAUCAGCAAGUUCAAGGAGGCUGUCAAGGCCAACAAGUGGCCCGAGGAGCUCAAGGUCGGUCUUAUCGGCUCUUGCACCAACUCUUCGUACGAGGAUAUGAGCCGCGCUGCCUCCAUCGCCGAAGACGCCAUGGCCCACGGUAUCAAGGCCAAGGCCCUUUUCACUGUCACCCCUGGCUCCGAGCAGAUUCGGGCAACCAUCGAGCGUGACGGUCAAUUGAAGACCUUUGAAGAAUUUGGCGGAAUGGUUCUCGCCAACGCUUGCGGACCUUGCAUUGGUAACCCCCUGGGCCAGUGGGAUCGUAGGGAUGUAAAGAAGGGCACUGCCAACUCCAUCAUCUCAUCGUACAACCGUAACUUCACCGGUCGCAACGAUGCCAACCCCGCGACUCACUCUUUCGUCGCUUCGCCUGACCUUGUUGUGGCGAUGACUAUUGCAGGAACCCUCAACUUUAACCCUCUUACCGACAAGCUUAAGGAUGCUGAUGGCAACGAAUUCUUGCUCAAGGAACCAUCCGGCCAAGGUCUUCCCUCCAACGGUUACGAUCCUGGACAGGAUACUUACCAGGCUCCCCCGGCGGACCGCUCAAGUGUCUCCGUUGCCGUUUCGCCUACCUCUGACCGUCUCCAGAUUCUCUCACCCUUUAAUGCAUGGGAUGGCAAGGACGCCAAGGACCUGCCCAUCCUCAUCAAGGCCCAGGGCAAGACCACCACUGAUCACAUCUCCAUGGCUGGUCCCUGGUUGAAGUACCGUGGACAUUUGGACAACAUCUCCAACAACAUGCUUAUCGGAGCUAUCAACGCUGAGAAUGGCGAGGCCAACAAGGUCAAGAACUCUUUGAACGGCGAUUACGGCGCGGUUCCCGAUGUCGCUCGUGACUACAAGAAGAACGGCGUCAGAUGGGUGGUCGUCGGUGAUUGGAAUUACGGGGAGGGCUCCUCUCGUGAGCAUGCCGCUCUGGAGCCGAGGCACUUGGGUGGUCUUGCCAUCAUUGUCCGAUCCUUCGCUCGUAUUCACGAGACCAACUUGAAGAAGCAGGGUAUGCUUCCUCUUACCUUCUCGGAGCCGGCCGACUACGACAAGAUUGGUCCCAACGACCGCGUUGACCUGGCAUGCACUGAGCUUGCCGUUGGCCAACCGAUGACUCUUACCGUCCACCCUGCUGAUGGUAGCAAAGCCUUCGACAUCAAGCUUGCGCACACUUUCAACGAGGGCCAAAUUGAGUGGUUCAAGAACGGCAGUGCUCUCAACACUAUGGCCAAGGCGGCGGCGGAGGCCAAGAAAUAA